AUGAUUUCGUACUCGAGAAAUUUAUUCACUGGGCCAAUUCUUUCGCAUUUGGAAGGUGACAAAUUGUUAUUGCCACCAUUUGUUCUUGAAGAAAUAUUACGUGCAGGAAGUGGUAGUAAAAGUGAUGGUUUUGCAAUUGCAACUCACGACAGAGACGAUAGCGAUUUUUCAAAUACCCAUCUACCAUAUCCAAUCGUUUUCCAAAUUUUUAAUCCAAAAACGCGUUUAAUAACUCAUGGUGGUGUUAAAGAGUUUAAUUCGGCAGAUGAAAAAGCUUAUUUACCACCAUGGAUGUAUGAUUCGCUUUCACUUAAAGAAGGUGAAGAAGUAACUAUUAGACUUAAGGAAUUGCCAAAAGGAACUUGGGCACGGUUUCGCCCCAUGACUAUGGAUUAUAAAGAUAUAAUGGAUUAUAGAGCUGCAUUUGAAGCAUAUUUGAGAUCAUAUUAUACAACAUUGACCACAGGAGAAAUACUUACUAUAAAGCAAGCAGAUAAUUCAUAUCAGUUUUUGGUCGAUUCUUUAAAACCAGAAGACGCAGUUCAAAUAGUUGAUACAGAUUUAGAAUAUGGUGAUCUUUUAGAAAAAGAUAAGCAUGAGCUUAUAUUUCACACACUACGCAAAUGUUCAUGUAAAUAUGAGUCAGAAUCACUUCAAGAUCUAGCAAGACAUAAAAGAACCACGUGUCCAGAUCGAUUGAUUACAUGUAAAUUUUGUCGCAACCUGGUGAAACAAGAUGAACCGUCGACCAAUCCACAAGAUCUGCUCGAGGGAUUGACAGUACACGAGUCAUAUUGUGGCGCCCGGACGAUUAAAUGUGUGAAAUGCGAAGAAUCGGUCACAUUGAGAAAUGUGAGAGCUCAUGCUAAUAUGCAUGAGAUUGAGAAACAAAAUCGAAAGUUGCCGAAACUUUGUCGAAAUGAAAAUUGUAUAAAACCAGCAGCCAAUAACAUUCUUAAGUUGUGUUCAACAUGUUUCGGACCUUUUUGGUCUCCAACUGCAGACCCGACUGGUAGAAUGUUGUAUACUAGACUUGGUAGAAAAUAUCAUCAACAAUUGACAGUUGGUUGUGGGAAUAGUUGGUGCACAAACAUGUAUUGUGCAACGGGUAAUUCAAUUAAAAAAGAUCCAAACACAGCCGCAUCAACAAUCUUACCACAUCUUCAACAAAUUCAAUUAUCACAAACGACACCAAUUUAUUUAUGUGUUGAUGAAUUAACAACUCGUAGACGUUUCCUUGCUGACAUUUUGUAUAAAGGUAAAGAUUUAGCAAAUGGAGAUGGUGGCGGAGAAUGUUAUGAAAAGUAUCCAAUUGAGUUUUGUGUCAAGGCUGUUGAGAUUGAAAAUGAAGAUUUAGUUGAGGCAAGGAAAUGGUUACAAGCUAAUGCACCAAUUAUAGUACGGAAAUGA